AUGGUGGCAGUGAUGGAAGUGAUAUUAGUGGUGGUGGUGAUAAUGACGGUGGUGGGUGGUAGUGAUGUUAGUGAUGGUGAUUGCAACCACAUUGGUGGUAGUUGUGGUGGCAGUGACGAUGACAAAUGUGGUAUUAUUGGUAGUGGUGAUAAUGACGAUAUCGAUGACAUUGAUGACAGUGGUGGUGGUAGCUACGACAACAUUGGUGACGAUUGUAGUAACAGUGACAAUGACAGUAGCAACAACAUUAAUGAUAGUGGUGAUAACAAUGUUGGUGGUGAUGGUGAUGGUGAUGUCAAUGGCGAUGGUGGUGGGAUAGCGGUGUUAGUGGUCAUAGUGAUGAUAGUCAAUAAUGGUGAUGACAAUGAUUGUGUUGGUGGUAUGGUGGUGACGAUAAUGAAGGUGGUAUUAGUGAUGGUGGUAGUGACAAAGGUGAAAGUGGUGGUGGUUGUAGCGAUGGUGACAACAAAAAAUGUCAUUGUCAAAUGUGACAAAUAUGUGUUUUUUUUAAAUUAA